ACCAUUUGAAUAGAAAUAACUGCUGUCGUCAUCUAUACCGUCAGUUUUUCGCAACUCCACACUACUUAUUCCCAAAACCAUCAUCUAAAUUUUUCUCUACAGGGCUGUUACAAAGCAAGGAGGGAAAGUCACACAAUCAGAGCACUACAAGUUAAGACCACCACACACAGAGACAAUUAUGAUCUCGCUAGACUUAACCCAGGAGGACCUUCCCACUGAUACCAGCAUCCGCUUGAAUGAAGUCAUCAAAUGCAUUGCUAAAGCCAAAAAAUGCACCGUAUUAACAGGAGCAGGGAUAUCAUGUAAUGCCGGGAUCCCUGAUUUCAGGUCCUCAGAUGGAUUAUACAACUUGGUGAAACAACGACAUCCCCUGAAGAUCACCCGGGGUCAGGACUUGUUUGACAUUUCAUUGUUUCGGGAUGAAAUUUCCUUGAGUUUGUUUUGUACGUUUAUGGAAUCUCUAUACAAGUCAAGUUUGAAGGCCACCGCCACGGAGACACACAAAUUUAUCAAAGUGUUGAAGGACAAGAAUAAGUUGUUGAGAUGCUAUACCCAGAAUAUCGACUGUUUAGAACUGACUAUGAAUUUAAAUUUGGGGAUAAAUUUGAAGGAGUUUGACAAUAGCAAGUUUAACGAAGUGUGGAAAAACUUGGAUGUGGUGCAGUUACAUGGGAACUUGCAUAAACUUUCAUGUACUUCCUGUUUCAGUAAUUUCGAUUGGAAUGAAAAGUUUCAGAGUAUGUUGAGUCAAGGGUUGAAUCCUGAGUGUUCGGUUUGUUAUGCAAAGUAUGAAGAGAGAUUAUACUCGGGAAAGAGACUCACGGGGAAUAUCGGGGUGUUACGUCCAGAUAUUGUAUUAUAUGGAGAGAACCACCCACAGUCAGAAUUAUUAUCCCAAGGGCUUAAUGUUGAUUUGAGAAGCAAACCGGAUUUGUUAAUUAUUAUGGGUACUUCUUUAAAAGUCGACGGGGUCAAGCGAUUAGUUAAAUGUUUAAGCAAGUCUAUCCAUGAAAAGGGAGGCAAGGUGAUAUUCAUAAACAAGACUCCCCUUUCCAAGCAAUGGAAGAAUGUCAUUGAUUAUGAAGUUCUCACAGAUUGUGAUGAUUUUGUGAGAAUAUUAAAACGCGAAAUUCCCGACUUGUUCUUGACCCAAGAACAACUCGACAGUAAGAAAUUGAACAAUCCAAUCACAGAACAGCUUCCAGCUGUCAAACGAGAACCAAAAGUAAAAUCAGAGCCAAAAGUAAAACAAGAAAUACCGAAAUCCAAAGUGAAACGAGAAGUCAAAAAAGAGAUACUAACUCCGCCAACCACCCCCACAAAGAAACGUUCACCAGCACCAACAUUGAAACGGAAAAGAGCUUCCACCACCAAAGACCCUGCUUGUAAGAAACUUAAGUUUGGAAUUGCUACUCCGAUGUCGUCAUUUAGUGAAGAUAGUAGUCGUCUGACCAGCGAAGAAGCCGAGGUUAUUCCUGUGGACAGUAGCACUGAUGAUGACAAACCUUUGAAUACCAUUAGUCGGUCUAAGUUGAACCGAUUGCCUACGAGAUCAAGAGUAAAACAAGAGAUUUCUAUAUAAACAUUUAUAGCAUUUGUAACAUUAGUACCAUAUUAGUAACUGAGCAAUUUUCAUAUGC